CAGAUCUGAAUGUAGAACACUGAAGCGGAAACGAGCCUCGGUCUUUUUUCCUCCGAGAGCAGCAGGACGGGUGAGGCAAAAUGCAGAUCUUUGUAAAGACCUUGACCGGCAAAACCAUCACCCUCGAGGUGGAGCCCAGCGACACCAUCGAAAAUGUCAAAGCUAAGAUUCAAGACAAGGAAGGCAUUCCACCUGAUCAGCAGCGUCUGAUUUUCGCUGGCAAGCAGUUGGAAGAUGGCCGUACUCUGUCAGAUUAUAACAUUCAGAAAGAAUCCACUCUGCACUUGGUGCUGCGUCUGAGAGGAGGUAUCAUCGAGCCUUCCCUUAGGCAGCUGGCUCAGAAAUACAACUGCGAGAAAAUGAUUUGCCGCAAGUGUUACGCACGUCUUCACCCCCGUGCUGUUAACUGCCGCAAGAAGAAGUGUGGACACACCAACAAUCUGCGCCCCAAGAAGAAGCUGAAGUAAACUGUAGCACUAGUGCACUUGAUUUACAUGGGGAUUGUUUAUCAAUAAAAUGCUAAAAUAUU